UAGUGGUCAUCAUGGUAUGCAAAUAAAACGCUCGUACGUUACUAUAGGUUUCUACUCUAACAUAGCCCCAUCCUUCAGAAGCGCCAUUGUAAUAAAACGAAGCUAGUCAUUCGACUAUAAUUUCUAUUCAGGUCUAUAAUAGUGCGAGUUAACCUAGUUAUUCACAAACCAGGCAUUGCUAAUUAUCCAAAAGUAACGGUAAAAUAAAGUUAUUUCCAAUUGCAGCUUAACUUCCACGAUGAGUUCCUCCGAAUCCGAAAAAGAUUCAUCAGCAACCGAAUCUCCAUUUAUUAAAACUCGGCCAAUUUUACAACAGCAGAAGUCCAGUGUUGAAUACGAGUCUGACGACGCUGAAGGAUCCGAACACGUGGAGAGUGGAAUCGAGGAUGAAGAGUCCGAAGAGGAGGACGAAGAAGGUGAGCCUCAGGAAGAAGAGGAAAGCGAUGAGAGUAACGAAGAACAGCAGCACAAGGCAGAACUCCAAGCAAAAGUAAGAGUUGUAGGCCCAAAACCUAGCAGUCGCACUGCUAUAAAGCCUACGAUGGUGAAAUCUGUUGUUCCGCAUCAGCAUCCAUCCUAUGACAAGAUGGUGUACGAAGCGGUCAAGGAGCUCGAUGAAAAUAAACGGUCCGGAACGUCGAUUUCUAAAAUUAUCAAAUUUGUUACAACAAAGUACGACCUGAAGGAUAGCAAAGUAAAACUGUUUUGCAAAAAGGCCUUCGAGAAAGGCAUCAAAGACGAAACAUACGUUAAAACAUCUGGUGUGGGCAUGACCGGUUCGAUCAAUUUCUCCACCAAGCACAAACAGAAGUUGAACAAAGAAAAAAAGAAGGAAACAGUACCUCCAAAAAAACCAACGACGAAAGCAAAAACUGCUGUUAAACCAAAAUCUGGGAAAUCAAAAACCGAUAAAAAACAACCAUCGGCUACGAAAGAAGUAACUUCUACAAAGACUAAGGCCAAACCUAAAGCUAAAAGUACUAAAUCGUCAAAAGAUGCUAACAACAAUUCCGCAGCUACGACAGGUGCCAAAAAACCUAAAGCAGUAUCAAAUACCAAGACCAAGGUUUCCAAGGCUACGGGCAAGGUUAGACUUUCGAUCAAUCCGAAUAUCGCUCCGAAACUCAAACCGCAACCAAAGAAUGCAGCGGCGAAAGCGAGUGUAUCAAAUGCAAAAGGAGUUAAGCCUAAUGCCAAACUACCAACAUCUAAAACGAAAGCGGGACCUGCCACAGCGGUGCCUGCUAAGAAGACCAAAAAGUGAUUUAUGUUGUUUUUUUUCAUUGUGUAGGUAAUCUUUCUUUUUAGUGAUAAGCAAUCUAAACUGUAUUAUUUCUGACCAAUAAAUGUUUCUGUAGUCUUGAUGCAUGGAUUAAAAUGCGA